AUGCUUACUGUUAACAAAUGGGAUAGUCUCUCUAAUGAGGCUCUGGCCUCUUAUCAUAAGAGAUUUGGUCCCAUUGUUACUGAAGUCGAUGAUAGCGAUUAUGAAUCUGCAGUACCAUUGGAAUUGACAGUUGAUGUGCCCAUAAAAGCUUUAAGUUUAUUAAGUGAAGAUCCAGGAACAUUUUGGUUCCCCUUCUGGUACUUUAUAUCCGCCUAUUUCCCCUUGAUAUCCGCAUGUUUGGGACCCUUUGCCAAUUCGCUUUCUAUUAUUGGUCUAAUAGAGCAUUGGAGAGUGGAUUUGGCCACGGGGUUAGGAGUUAACGAGAAGAAACAUGUCUUAGAAAUGAACAUUACCUCUUUGGUAUUGGGUCUUUUGGGUAACAUGUCACUCUUGAUGAAUUUUGCUGGCAAAUCAGCCUAUAUAUUCUCUCAAAUAGUAUCUGUGCUAUUCUAUAUUACAGCCAGUGUUUUAUUGGUGAUUGCACUUUUAAUCACCAAUACUGACUUUUUAGGUCCAGACCCUCUUUAUGGCCGGACAGAGGGGUUCUGGUUCGCUGUGUUUACUUCUGGGUUCUACUUUGCUUGUUCAGUUUGUUUAACGAUCAACUUUUUGGGUUAUUUGUUGGGGAAAUACCCUCCCACGUUCAACUUAGACGUUAAACAAAGAAGAUUGAUGUACUACACAGUAAUGUUUUGUACCUGGUGUGUCAUUGGAACAGUCGUAUUGCAUAAACUCUUUCACCAGAAUUAUCUGUAUGGGUCUAUGUUGUAUUACUGUAUCGUUUCCUUUUUAACCAUUGGAUUAGGUGACAUUGUCCCCAAAACAAAUGCUAGUAAAGGUGUGGCGUUGGCAAUGUCGCUUGUGGGGGUCAUUUUGAUGGGGUUAAUAGUUGCUCUGAUUCGGCAAGUGGUGUUAUCUACCAUAGGCCCGACUUUAUUCUGGCAUAGUAUCGAAAAGAAUAGGAAGAAGUGCUUGAAAACCUUAUCUUCGAGACAUAGGAAACUCACUGCGGAAGCAUCGUUUUAUCGUAUGAGGCUUAUUAGAAAGGAAGCGAAAAUCAGCCAAUUGAAUCGUUCAUUACUUAAUGAUAUUCUUUUCUUUCUUGUGUUUUGGUUUGUUGGAGCGUGUGUGUUUCAUUUCACUGAACAGUGGGCCUUUUUUGAUGCCAUUUAUUUCUGUUUCUUGUGCUUAUUGACUAUUGGAUAUGGAGAUUAUGCACCUGUUUCGCCAUUAGGUCGAGUGUUUUUUGUUUCAUGGGCCGUUUCUGCAGUUCCAUUGAUGACUAUUUUGAUCUCGAAUGCUGGAGAUAAACUCUUUGCUAUUUCUGAAAACAUGAAUGAAUUCAUUAAGAAAUACUUGUCGAUUCAAUCACGAUCAGCUCGAACUGAAAUUAAUGAGAGGAUUUCUUCGGGUAUUAUUUAUGGUGAUGGUGAUGAAAGUGACUUAGAGAGCGAAAUACGCCGUGAUUUCGAUAUGACUGCCACAGGUCAAGAUGAAGGAAAUGAUGGGGAUCACACAGCUGCAGAGGGGGGUAUGCCUACGGUUAGUCGAUCUCAAACACUAGCUGAGCUUGAAAAUUUGCUUCAGAGUAUUGCUAGAGAACCAGGAGCACCAUCUGAAGAUUACGUCGUAUCCAAAGAAGAUUGGCAACAAGUUAAGGAGAAAAUAGAUGAAAGACUUCAAAAGAGACAAGCGUUGUAUCGCAGUAUUUUCCGAUACAUUAAGGCUCUCAAACCAUUGAUAGCCGAUAGUAUGGUUGAGCCACACAAACGGUACGAGCAUAGUGAAUGGCUUGAUUUAAUGAAGCUUUAUGAAGACGAAGCACCGUCCCCACAACCGGCUCUCGCAAAUGGUAGAGCGCCGGUGGAGGACGAGUUGAGAUCAAUAGAUUCUGCGCCAGUAUCAGCUGCCCCGACGACUAAUACUAAAGUUACACCGUUUGACAUUAGAAAUAGUGCGAAUUUCUGGCUAUCAGACGAAUCUCCAUUACGAUUACCGCUUCAAGAACCCAACUACUUGAUCAUGAAGUUGUUCUUCAAAAUGGAUCAAGAGUUGAACGAGUUGAUCGACAUCGACGUGGGAGACAUGGCGCUUAUAAGCAAGUUGGCUUACUCUGAAUUAUCUUCAGAUACUCAACGCACUGAAGCCAUGAAUGAAAUCCUUGAUCGACGAAAAAUACAGUUUGCGUCGUGA